CUCCGCCGCGCUUGUCUGCUCCCCACCUCUGGGUGCCCACCUGUACCUCUGGUUCGUUCCUCUGUGGGGCACCUGGAGCGCGUAUGCAGGGCGCCGAGCGUCGGUGACGGAUCUCCUGGACGGGGGCGCGGCGGAAACGUUGCCACGGAUAAGAUGGAUGGUCGACAACAAAAGUCGCCCCUCUCAUCUUUGGCCUCGCGCUCGCCACUUACAGAAACACAAUCACAAUGGUCACGAACAGCGCACCCGUCGCGCAGGCGUUCAAGGACGUCGGCGUCUCGCUCAACUGCGACAUGGGCGAGGGUUACUACCGCUGGAACCUGGGUCCGGAUGAGGAGCUCUUCCCUUUGAUCGACUUUGCCAACGUCGCGUGCGGGAUGCACGCCGGUGACCACGCAACCAUGCUCCGCAUGGUGCGCCUGGCGAAAAAGCACGGCGUCGGCAUCGGCGCGCACCCUGGCCUAGACGACAUCAAGGGCUUCGGGCGCCGCAAGCUCGACAUCACGCCUGACGAGGUCUACUCCCUCGCGCUGUACCAGCUCGGGGCGCUCAAGGCCAUGGUGGACGCCGAGGGUGCGAAGCUCUCGCACGUCAAGCCGCACGGCGCAUUCUACUUUAUCCUGCGCGACGACGAGGCCGCCUGCCGCGCCUUCAUGAAGGCGCACCUGUCGCUGACGCCGAACGGCUCGCCGCUCCCCUACGUCGGGCUGGCGGGGACGACGCACGAGAAGGUGUGCGCCGAGAUGGGCAUCCCAUUCGUGCCGGAGAUCUUUGUGGACAUCGAUUACUCUGCGGAGAAGACCCUCCUCUCCGUGCCCAUGAGCAACAAGCCUACCGUGGAGGGCAUCGGGAAGAAGAUGGAGAGCAUCCUCAAGACGUACACCACGUCCGACAAGCAGGGCAAGCCGCUCGAACUGCCCGAGACGCGCGGGUACUACACCGUGUGCCUGCACUCGGACAUGCCAACGGCGCUGGACAACGCGCGUGCCGCGCGCAAGGCCAUCGACGCAGCGAGGAAGUAGUGCUCAGCCGGUUGUAUCUCUGUUCGCGGGUAUCGCAGGUGAUAGGAAGUAGAGGCAAUUGAAUGAAGGGAUCUGGG